AUGCCGCGAACGAUGGCGAUUGUGCUGCUGUUGCUGAACAUGCUGAGAGCCUGCGUCGGAGACGAUGGCGUCUACGAGGAGGCCUGGGGUGUGCAAUCAGGAUGUCAAGGAUGUUCGUACGUCGAGGGACAUGUGUUGGAAAGACCAAAGGAGGAGGUUCUGUACAUGAGAUGCUCUUGCCCCGCUACUUCUGCCGAUGCAGCUUGCAUCUGCGCCAGCCAGUAUGACUGGUGGUGGAAUCUACAGGCCAGUAGAGAGUGCUCGAAGAAUCUUACAGUCAAAGUGGAUGGAUGCCCUGAGGGUGUUGAGUGGAACAUGGUUGCAGGGAACUUCAGUGGGAUGGUGGGACCCGUUGAUCGUUCUUUUGGGUCUUGCAGCAUGAACAACAGCCACGACUAUGUGUGCACAGGAGUGUAUGGAAACAACAGGAUGGGAAGCACUCGGAGAAUACAGAUCGAGCUUGUUCUUCGUGGGAACUGUGGGAGGCAGAAGUCGGUGACCUGGAGCCUUCCGAUCGCCUCCGACCUGGUUCUUGCGGAGGUCAAGCGAGGGUCCCCAGCUGAGAUCAUCAUAACGAUCGUCAUGUUGGUUAUCGGGAUGUGUAUGGGUAUCUUCCUCUGCAGGCGGUCAAGGGAGCCGACCUUCAGCGAGAAGCCCUCACGCUACAUGCAAGAGAUCGAACGAGAGGACGCGUUCGAGAUGACCUAA